AUGUUCAAGAAAAAGCCCACAAUCAAAACACUAUCUCCCAUUCGCUCCUCAGAUCGACGAAAAAUAGCCGAUCAGAUCAUCAAAGAAUACCAGAUCGCCAUCCCUACCGCAGCUCCAACGGAAGAAAUCAACCCCAAUAACAAUGAAGACGGAAACGCAGCGAAGGAGACUGCUAUAAAUCUCACAACAAUAAGAAAUGCCCUUCUUCCAGAGAACUCGCUCUCCGCCAGAUUCACGACGACGGCGGGACCAGAUCUUCGAGAAGUCCAAGGAACUGUAUACGCUGGAUCGCAUCCCGAAUCAGGCGGCGAGGAGAGAAUAUUAUGGUUUAAGAUAGAGCAAGGACCAGGCGCAGAUGGACGAAUAUAUCCUACGGUCUACUCGCUAUGGCAUAAUGCACGCAUUUUGCCUUUAUUACAUACUCCAUCCUUUGUUAUGGGGAAGCUCUUUGGAGGCGCCGAUUUGAUGACCCCUGGUUUGGCCAAUGGGCCGCCAUUUCCGAGCAACGCUGUAAAGGGAGCUGCGGUGACGGUUGCUAGUUUGGAUAAUCCGACGGUACCUGUGUUUGUGGGAGUUUGCGAAAUAGACGUAUCGGGGUUGGGGGAAGUGCAAGGCACAAAGGGGCAUGCGGUUCGUGGUCUGCAUUGGGAAGGAGAUGAGUUGUGGUCAUGGAGUUCAUCGUCCAGACCGGGUCAGCCCGCUCCCGAGUACCUGGAAGGUUGGGAUAAGGAGAAGAUCCAAGAUGUUGAAGAUGCGGUUGCGGAGUUGACCCUGAAAGAAGAGCAAGUGGAGGCACAAACAUCAGCUGCUCUUGACGGAGAAUCACAACCAGCUCCUGAAGAACCUCUUGAGCCGGAGACCGAGCCAACAGUGAAAGAGAUCGAUGAUGCCUUUGUCAAGGCGUUCGUGUAUUCUCUCUAUCAGCUCAAAAAAGAUAGCCCGAACGCACCAAACCACGGAUUGCAACUUCCCGUUCAACCAUCUGCGGUGAUCUCCCGACUCGUAACCCCAUACCUGCCCAUCUACUCUACACAGAAAGCUCAGUACUACCAGAUCAAGAAGACAAGCUGGAAGAACGUGAAGAAAUUCAUCAAAUACCUAGACAAGGAACGACUUGUCAAAUCCAAGGAUCGCAACGGACAAGAGACAGUAGUGAUUGAUGUGGACUUUAAUGAUCAUCGCAUUGAACAGUUUGUCCCAUACAGACUGCCCACUAAGAACGUGGUCGAAAGCUCCGGAAAAGCAGUGGCUGGGAAACAAAAGGCAACGGAAGAGGGAGGCACCGAUCCAUCGGUUGGACAAGUGAUUACCGUACAGGUCUUGUACAGGCCUACUCAAAAGCUUACCCCUAGUCUAUUCCCACAACUCAGCACGACUGAUCCCAAGAACUACUACAAGUACUCGGAAGUGUCCACCCGACUGGAUGAAUAUGUUGCAUCCCAAAACCCGCCACUUGUAUCCGAAUCCAACCGACGCAUCAUCAAGCUGAACCCGUUCCUAGCUAAUACCAUCUACACAUCCUCUUCGUCCGAAGACAGAGCCGCUCUAUCACGUGGCGAAGCUACUCGCGACGGCCUCCUGAAACGAAUCACAUCAGACGGAUCCCUCCUCGCACCGUACCACGCCAUCCUCAAACAAGGACAGAGCAUAGCAGACGUGAAACCGAAAUCCGGCAGCGCGCCCAAAGUAUCGGUCAUGAUUGAGCGACGGGCGGGAAACAAGACAGCCACCAAGGUCUCCGGUAUCGAGUACUUUGGCGUUAUCCCUACACUGCUAGCGGAAGAAUUGCAGAAGAAAUGCGCUUCUAGUACUAGCGUUGCCCAGGCCACCGGCGCAGUCAAGGGGGUGAUGGAGAUUAUGAUUCAGGGUGACCAACGCAAGGCGGUCGAGACGGCGUUGGAGAAACGGGGUGUGAAGUCGCAGUGGGUUGAUGUGGUGGAUAAGACGAAGAAGAAAAAGUAG